AAGGGAGUGAAGGAGAGGGAGUGGAAGAGGGAGAGAGGGGGAGAAAGGGUGAUGAUAAAACUCCACUGUGAGCCCUCCUGCAAGCUCAGAGCACAGGAGCAACCCAGACCAGAGGCGUCCCCACAGCAGCUCCCUGCACACGGCCUUGGACUUGAUGGUUUUUGGGGACAACCAGUAGCUGCGUCGGCCAGAGGAGGAAGGAGCUGAGGAGCACACCUGUAGAGUUCUGUUUGUUUGGUGUGAAGCCUCUUUAAGGAGGAAGAGAAGAAGACUGGGCAGAGAUCUAACCUGGACCUCAUCCACCUCCUCUUGGGCCUGGUUCCUCCCUGCUGUGUUGAGACUAGGGGGGGGGGGGUUCUGGUUCUCAGACUGACAGACUCCCAUCGUUUUUUUUUAAAUUUUCAUGAAAGCCCAAGGUUUCUGGAUCUUGCAGCUUCUCCAGCGACCACGCCGCUCGGCUGCAGACUGGUCCCAGUGCUCGCUGUGAGGAACCAGCAGGAGCGAGGAGGCAGGGCGGAGAAAAUAGACAAUAUUGCCAUCCAUCUCUCAGAACCCUGCAGCCCACCCUCAGCUUGGGACGCCCCUCCUCUCUGCCUCUUCUUUUGCCCCCUGUGCCCCCCCCCCACCACCCCCCCAACCCCCUCUCCUCUGCACCUCACCCCCCAACAGAGCAGAAAGCGUGAAAAAUCUCACUAAUGGGUUUAUUUGCUGUCAGAUCUGCGCCGAUCUGUCAUUCCCUUGGACCAUUCCUCUUGACACAUUUCAUAGUUGAGUAAGCCUCCUGGCUCUGUGUCUAGAGUUAACAGUGCCCCUGCAACGUCGUGCUGGCUGAGCGCUCAUCAAGAGGGGAGCAAACGGCGGCGGCAGCAGUCAGUCCUGACAGUCUCUUGGACGGGGAGUCCCUGCAGCUGCAUUCCUCCGGUCUCCCUCUCCCUGGUGGGACUUUCAGUGUUUGUGUAGAGCCUCGCAAGGCAUCCUCCAGCUUCUGUGCACUCACACGACCGCUCCGUCACAUAAGAUCCAGGCUCGUUCUGCAGGGCGCGGGUCGAAGGAGUGUGAAGAUGUGGUGUGGGGCCGGGCCUCUGGCGGUGCUGGCUGCGGUGUUUUGGACUCAGUGUGUCCUACUGGAUGGGGUGGAGGCCAAGAAGGAGAGAAAGAGGCCAAAGGAGGCCACGCCACAGCACACAGAGGCGUUCAAUGCAACUCUCUCCAACAGCGAAGAGGUCGGUGGAAGCAUCAAGGCUUCUGAACACCAGAAAGUCGACCCACUGGGAUCAUGGAUGGACUUUGUCAAACGACCUGUUGGCAACUUCCCUGGAAAGUGUCGCAAACGCAAACGUCCCCUGCCGGGCCCACCUGGUCCUCCAGGUCCCCCCGGCCCUCAGGGACCUCCUGGCUCUCCUGGGGCCGAAGUGACCCAGGAAGUUCUUCUCCAGGAGUUCAAGGAGAUGAUUAAAGAGGCUACAGAGAGGAGAGCAGCGGCACUUGACAGACAGACCAGCCCCAGCCAGCUCCCUACAGCUCUCCUCACCCUGGAGGGGAUGACCCCCUACCGGCGGAUAGAGGAGGCUUUCCACUGCAAGCUCAAGGGGCCUGUGGUGGUGGACAAGAAGACGCUGGUGGAGCUCCAGAACUUUCAGACACCGCCUGCUAAAGGAGCCUUCCUCAGAGGGUCAGGAAUGGACCAGUCCACUGGGAGGUUCACAGCUCCCAUCACAGGGAUCUACCAGUUCUCUGCUAACGUCCACAUUGACCACAACGAGGUGAAGAGGAGCAAGAGUCAGCUGAAGGCCAGAGACAACGUCCGGGUGCUGAUCUGCAUCGAGUCCCUCUGCCACAGAUACACCUCAUUGGAGAUGAUUGUUGGACUAGAGAGUAACAGCAAGAUCUUCACGGUGAGCGUGCACGGGCUGCUGGAGCUUCAGGCCGGGCAGUACACCUCCAUAUUCGUGGACAAUGCAGCCGGAGCCUCCAUCACAAUACAGAACGGUUCAGAUUUCAUGGGCAUGCUGCUUGGUGUAUAGCCUCCCCCCCCUCCCACCGUGAACGGGGCGCCGUCCAACCCGUCCACCGCCGCCCCUUUUAUUUGUUCAUUUCCACGGAUUGAUUUUGAGCACCGUCACGAGGUCUGAAGGAGGAGAGGCCGACACUGACUUGACUGCUUGUCGGAUGUUGAAGGACAAUGUGGAGGACUCGAGGAAUGAGUUUUCUACGGUGCACUGCAUUUCCCCUGAGGAACUUGGUCGCCCGUUGCUUCACCAGUAAAAUAACCUGUAUAUAAAGCAUUGAAUACGUCUGUCACAGUAUAUUUGUCAUGGUUGUUGAACGCCUUUGCAGUAGCCCAAACCAAAAAUCCAUGUUUCUUGUGUUCUCUGUGUAGUUGAGCUGGGGAAUAUGAACAAGUACACGUCUGCGUUUGUGUAUACUGACAUGUCAAUGUUUUCUCUUGUAUACACACACAUGAACCAUACUUAUUAUUAACAUGGGUUCAAUUUUACAUUUAAGUUAUAUAGUACAUAGACUCUGUGAGUACACUGGACAAUGGAAAUAUGCCCCACCAACAGAAUGUGGUCUUAGAUAAGUUAUAGCUCAAAUAUGUAAUUACACAUUUCUGUAACAUAGCUAUCACUGCAUUUUUAGCAACGUUAGCAGCAUCGCCAGUCGGUUGCUCCGCUAUUUUGGUCCAGACCGAAAUAGCUCAACAUGUGCACGAGGAAUUGAAGUGUGACUUUGUACAGAUGUUCACAGUUUCCAGAGGAUACAUCCUACUGAGUAAGGUGGCGCGUUGACUUUUCAUUUAGCCUCGCCCUCACAUUCGUGGUUCGGAGUGAAGUAUCUCAUGUAUUAGGUGGAUUUCCAUGUUCACGUUCCCUUCAAGAGGAUAUGUUAGCCAACAUGCUGAAAAUGAGAUGGUACAAUGGUUAAUUAGCUAUGUCUCACUUGAGGGGCUGCAUCCUUUGGAGAAGGUCUGGUCUACAGGGGCUUUCCUUGAUGAGCUUUCAUUACCUCUUUGAAAAAUGUUUGUCACAAUGAAUCCUGUGAUAGGUUCGGCCGGGAAAGGUUUUCCGCCUUUUGGAGCCUUCGUUUCUCGAGAAUGAAAAGACUAAAUUUGAAGGAGCCUUGGAAAUGGGAAAGUCUACAAAGAAUGCAACUCCCUGAUUUGACACACAGCGUGUUAGCAUUUGGCAGACGUUACAUUUAGCUCAAAGAACUGUUGUGUCAAAGUUUAACCUCGUGAAGCCGCUAGCAGAGCUGUUAGCUCGUAUGGCAUAAUCACAUUAAAGUGGAAAAACAAGGCUCUUUGGAUGAUGCCGUACAAAAUGGUGCCACUCACAGAUCCUACUUAAAGAUGGAUGACAGGACAGCUACCGAAAGUGAAGCCAAAACAUCUUGAUCGCCCCCUGGUGGCUGGCUGUAGUACAGGUCUGUUAGAAAGUUAGCAAAGAGGAGAAUUUCUAAAGAUUUUUCUAUUCUUUUUAGGUAGAUCUGUGGUAUUUUGGCUUCAUUUGUACAGUGGGAGGAAGUGGAGACAUGUCGUUCGUCUUUAUUUUACAGUCUGGUGCCACCUAAGCUGCAAUUGUAAUGCCGCUAACAGAGGAUGGAUGUAUAUAGCAGUGUUUUUGUAACAAACCUUUAGCUGCAUCUGCGGUUAUAUUCCUCUAAGGUAACAUCUUUUUGUCCGGGCUUGUUAUGAGACCAGUGUUUUAUUGCAAAUUUCGGGAAGUAGAGAAACCACAAGUGAUUAGAAGCUCUUCAAUCUUUCAUUUCAACCAGCAGUAAAGAUCAGUGCAGCUCAGCAAGCUCAACACAUGGGAACUUUCGGUUCCAGCCACUCCACCACUGACAUUUCCACAAAAGCUGUUUUUCCAGGAUGAUGUGAAUUCACCUUUAGUUAAAAUGUGUUGGACCGAUCCACAUUCACCUUUUUGACUGUUACAACUGUAAGAGAACAACUCAAGUUUCUUCUUUUUACAGUUCUUUCUCUGUUGUCAUUUAUUAAACUGUAUCUUAUUCUUUUCUUAACAUUCAGAUGUUUGUAAUUUAUCAUAACUGAUGUACCAGUAACAUUGGAAAGCAGUUGAAAUUUGAUAUGGUAUUUAUGUUUGAGAAAAUGUAUCAGUCGUGUGUUGAUUUACGCUCCUGUGGACAGUUGAGACCACAGAUUAUUACGAGAAGAAAAUUAUAUGUCUUUGCUAUUUUUUUAUUACCCAUUAUAUUCUGUAAUUUCAAAUUAAACUCUUCAGAAACGUU